AUGUCUUCAAACCGACUCCUGAAGCCAGGAGCAGCAGCAGCAACGGCUCUGCUCUCAACGACAACAAGAAAAGUACGGCCUACAAGAUGCGGUCAAAUAUAUAACGCGGCGCGGUUGGCGCACACAACUUCACAAACACUAGGUAUAUCAGCGAAUUCUAGGCCGAUACUACGAACGACUUUGGGGUUACCAGCCGUUGCGCCCCGAGGCGCACGCAGCAUAUUCAUCCAGACUGCGCCCACACCAAAUGCUGAUGCGCUCAAGUUUCUGCCGAACCAUACCAUAAUACCCCCGGAAAUAUCUACUCCCUACAUCGAAUAUCUUACCCCGCGGAGCACAAUUGCACCGCCGUAUCCAUCCCCACUGGCUGCGCAGUUAAUGAACAUUGAUGGAGUCACCUCAGUUUUCUACGGCCCUGAUGCCAUCACCGUAACAAAGUCGCCCGAUGCAAACUGGGUCCAUAUCCGGCCCGAGAUCUUCAGCUUGAUCACCGAGACCAUAACAUCAGGGCAGCCACUAGUCGUUGUAAGCAAGAAAGAGGACGGGACAGAUGGCCAAGAGUCGCCAGAGGAAGAUAGCUUAAGCUACAAUGAGAACGAUAGUGAAGUUAUAGGGAUGAUCAAGGAGUUACUCGAAACUCGAAUAAGGCCUUCAAUCCAGGAGGAUGGCGGUGAUAUUGAAUUCCGUGGCUUCGAGGAUGGGUUCGUGAAGCUGAAGCUCAGAGGAGCAUGCCGGACUUGCGACUCAAGCACGGUCACCCUCAAGAGAGGCAUUGAGGGCAUGUUAAUGCAUUAUAUCGAGGAGGUUAAAGGAGUACAUCAAGUUUUGGACCAGGAGGAGGAUAUCGCAUUACAAGAGUUCGCCAAGUUCGAGGAGAAACUUAGGGCACAAAAAGGACCAGAUGCAGCUCCAACGACGCCUGGCAAGGACUCGUUGGAUUCAGUCCCCGGAUAA